AUGUUGCUGAUGAAGUUCCCGACCCGCAACGGUACCGGAGCCAUCCGGGGCGAUCAGCUCAGCGCACGGACGUGCUAUGCCACGGCCCUUAAGUCGGUAGCCAGCAAACCGCCAAUGGAGGCCAUGACCUUGCAGGGACUACCGAACGGUAACGAACCCAUUGACGACCCCCGGGAGGAAAACCCAACGCCAGUGGCACAGCCCGCCGAGGAGCUGGAGACCAUAAUCCUGAACAAGGACUUCCCCGAUCGGUGGGUGAAGAUCGGCACCAAUCUGGAACCCGACCUCCGAGGGCAGUUCAUCGACUUCUUACGGCAGCAUGCGGAGGUCUUCGCCUGGUCUUAUGACGACAUGCCCGGCAUAUCACCCGACGUCAUCAGCCACAAGCUCAGCAUCUCCCCCCCCACAAACCAGUCAGGCAAAAGCGCCGAUCGUACGAUGCCGAACGGUAUGAGGCGAUGCGUGCCGAAGUUGACAAGCUCAAAGCCAUCGGCUUUAUCAGGGAAGCUACGUACCCUGUGUGGCUUGCCAACUCAGUCAUGGUUCGGAAGGCCAGGGGAGGAUGGCGAAUGUGUCAGGAUUAUACCGACCUGA